UAUGGGUCACUUUUCUGGACUACAAAUUUACAUCCACCCCUCGCUUAUCUCUCAUGUUCUCUCAAUUUUCUUUCUCUCCUUCUCCUCCUCUUACUCCUCUCUUCCUCCAAACCUUCUCUUUCUCUCUCUCUUUGUAAUUUGUACUCAUCUCCUCAAACCACAACCUCUCUUUCUCUCUUCACUCAAAGCCCAACUCCUCUGCUUUUUUUUUUGCUCUGUUUCAACCCACUUUUGUGGGUUUGCUUUCUUGUAAAAAUUUUGUAUUCUUCUCUCGGCGACCAUCCUAGUUAUGUCGUCGACCGUGUGCCAAGGGCUGCAGUCAUGUCUCGAACACUGGCUCGUCGAGCCACGAGCCAAGGGGCUCAAACUGGCACCACCCAGAGCAUACUUCACCCAAGCCGCCCGGACUCGGAGGCCUUCUGUGUCAGCUUUAGACACCGAGGACCAUGACGAACAAUGUAAUAAUAAGAAAAGCAACAACGACAACACCAGCAUUUACGACGAUCAGCGUGACAACAACAGCCACGACAAGGACAACGUCAGCGGCACCCAUCCCAUCAGCUCAAAUUGUGACUUGGGCAACUGGAGCUUCAUCCAAGCUCUCGCCCAUACCUCUGAAACUACUCUGGAAGCAAAGGAGAAGGAAACCCACUACGUCCAUCCUCUCAUUAAGCGUUCUUCGUCCACGCUCAGUGAGAAGAGCCUGGAGUUGUGCACUGAGAGUCUGGGUUCCGAGACUGGUACCGACAUUACCGAAUACAACAGUUUCUUGUCAUCCUCAUCGGACACUGAAGGUGCUAAGCCCCCGCCGACGGAGGAGCCGAGAUCAAGGCAGCUUUUUGAGGUUAGGAAACAGAGUUGCCACAAUUUUCCACCACCAUUGACGUCCAUUAGCGGCACCAAUUGUGUUCACUUCAAGCCUCACAGAGAAGGUGGCAGGUUGGUGAUCAAAGCCAUCACUGUCCCUUCCCCACGCACUUGUUUUCAAGCCGAACGGAGUGAUGGCCGCCUCAGGCUCCAUUUUGUGAAGAAUUGUCGUCCCACUUUUGACGCCAGAGCCGCCGAGGAAGAAUUCCAAGGAAACAAUGAAGAAGAAGAUGCAGAAGAAGAAGAAGAAGAAGAAGAAGAAGAAGAAGAAGAAGUAGAUGUUGAAGAAGAAGAAGAAGAAGAAGAGGAAGAAGAAGAAGAAGAAGAAGAAUGUGAUUUGAAUCUGAGUGAGGAGUUAUAUGGUAAUAAUGGAAAUGUUGGGAGUGAAAUGGGAAUUGGAAACUUUCAAAGGCCGAGCAGGUGCAAAGAAGGUGGGAGAGGCAACAAACUAUUAUUGAUUCGAGAGGCUUGCUGGGUUGCUACGUCCUAAACCUCUCUCUCUCCUCUCUCCUCUCUCCUCCCUCCUCUCUCUCUCUGUCUCUCUCUCUCAAAAUAUAAAGAUUUACUAUAUUCUUAUUUGUUUUCUUUUAUUUUCCUUCCCACUGUUAUAUUUUGAAUCUACCCUAUCAUGGUCAUGUGAAGAAUAUGCUAAUGGUAGUUAUUAUCGUUAUUGGA